AUCAUAGAUAUCCCAAUUAAUGAUCCAUCCAUUUUGCACUUGCCAAUUCCUCUUUCUGCUGCCCGCCAUGAAACCAACAACUUCCCACCUCUGAUCCUUCCUUAAUUAGCUAGGGUUUGCAUUAAUUUUCUUGAUAUAUAUAUAUAUAUAUGUGCAAUUGAAGAUGAGACAAGGUGGGGGAACUGUGCAGCACGCGCUGACGGCGGAGGCCGGCGGCGUCGUCAAGCAGGCGGUGGUGCUGGCGAAGCGCCGGGGACACGCGCAGGUGACGCCGCUGCACGUCGCGAACACGAUGCUGUCGGCGUCGACCGGUUUAUUCCGUGUCGCCUGCCUGAAAUCGCACUCGCAUCCCCUCCAGUGUAAGGCUCUGGAGCUUUGCUUCAACGUCGCCCUCAAUCGACUUCCGGCGACGGCGUCGCCGUCGCCGUCGCCGAUUUUGGGAGCCCACCACCGCUCCUCCCAAAAUCCGGCCAUCUCCAACGCCCUCGUUGCGGCGUUCAAACGGGCGCAGGCUCACCAACGGCGCGGAUCGAUCGAGAACCAGCAGCAGCCGAUCCUGGCCGUUAAAAUCGAGCUCGACCAGCUCAUCAUCUCCAUCCUCGACGAUCCCAGCGUCAGCCGCGUGAUGAGGGAAGCUGGAUUUUUGAGCACGCAGGUGAAAAGCAACGUCGAGAAGGAGGUCUCCUUGGAGCUCUUCACGCAGACGACUAAUUCAUCAUCAUCGUCUCCAUCAAAUUUGGGGAAAAUCACCCCCGCCAAUUAUCCAGGCGAGGAGGAGCCAAUUAGGGCAGAAGAUGUGAACGUGAUAAUCGAAACAUUACAGACCUGUGGAAGCGGAAGAAGAAGUCGAAGAAGAAGCCUCGCCAUAGUCGGAGAAUCCAUAUCCAAUUUACAAUCAUUAAUCAAAGGAUUGAUGGACAGAAUCGACAGAGGUGAAGUUCCAGGGAGCUUGAAGGAAGUGAAAUUCAUAAGCAUUCCUCCUCUAGAUUCCUUCUGCAAUCGUCACAGGGAAGACGUGGAGCAGAAGAUCGGAGAAUUGACGUGUCUAGUUAAGAGCCUCGUCGAAAAGGGGGUGGUGCUCUACCUCGGAGAUCUCAAAUGGAUAAGCAAUUACAAGGUCAGUUUGGAGCAAGAGAGGGGUUACUACUGCUCUGUGGAGCACAUGAUCAUGGAGAUUGGGAGAUUAGUUUGGAGAAUUGGAGAGACUGAGAGGUUUUGGCUGAUGGGAAUUGCCACAUUCCAGACCUACAUGAGGUGCAGAAAUGGCUGCCAGUCCCUCGAGACUGUCUGGGGUUUACAUCCUGUCACUAUUCCCGCCAACAGUCUGGGAUUAAGUCUUGCUUCAGACAGCGACAAAAGGGAAGAAAGUUUAUCGAUGAUUGCAGAUGGGCAAGAAACCAAAUUUGAAGAUAGCAAUGGGGCCACUACACUGCCCUAUUGGCUUAAAGAUGAAUGCAGUAGAAGAAGAUUCAACAAUGAUCAGAACAGCGAAUCGAUGAGGGUAAUGUGCAAUCAAUGGAACAAAUUCUGCACUUCAUUACAGAGACAGCAUGAAGGAACCCUAACGUUAUUAUCAUCGUCAUCAUCUCCUCCAUUUCAAAACCCUAACCCUAAUUCUACAGCAAACUCGAAUUCUUCGAGCGACGUGGUUAUGGAGGUGGAGCCAUACGUGCCAAAGUUCAGAGAAUUCAGCGCAGAAAACCUGAACAUCCUAUGCGACGAGCUGGAGAAGAAAGUGCGGCCAUGGGAGAGAGAUCUUGUCCAGGAUAUCGCUGGAACUGUUCUGAAAUGCAGGUCCGGAAUGCUGAGGAGGAAGCUGCAGAUGCAGAUAUCAGCCAUUAAUGACGGGAAAGAAGAGACGUGGCUGUUCUUCAACGGCCCCGACGACGCGCAGGCGAAGGAGAAGAUAGCCAUGGAAUUGGCGAGAAUCGUGUUCGGAUCUUAUUCGAGCUUCGUGUCCAUCGGAUCGAGAUCGGACGAAUUCAGGAGGAAGAGAGGAAGAGAUGAACAAAGCUGCUGCACCAGUUACGUCGUCGACAGGUUUUCUCGAGCGGUGUCUGCGAAUCCUCACAGGGUUUUCUUCGUCGAAGAUUUCGAACAGACGGAUGACUGCUCGAGAUUGUGGAUGCAGAAGGCGAUUGAGAGGGGGAGAAUUGGGAUUGGGAAUGGUGGAGAGGAGAUCGGAUUUGGCGACGCCAUUAUCGUUUUGAGCUCUGAGCAGUUCGGCGGCGAGACGAAGAAGACGACGACGAUGCACUGUGGACCGUUGGAUUUGAACGUUACGGUUGAUGAUGAAACGGCAGAGGAUCGGACGGUUGAGGAUUUAGGGAUCCUUGAUAAUGUUGAUUGCCAUGUAGUCUUCAGAGUUCACUUGUAACGCCAUUAGGGUUCUUUUAAUUUUAAUAAUCUUUUUUGGUAAAUUGCUUUUUGUUUUUAAGAAAAAAAAAAGAAAAUCCAUUUUAUAGAUCUAUAUUAAUUAAAGAGAGGGAGAGAGAAAAUAUUUAUUA